AUGAAGUCGGCGCCGUGGAAGAACGGGCUCGCCCUCCUCGCGCCUGCGCUCGCGUCUGUGUCCUCGGCUCUCUUGCAGGCGCCUUUUGCUUCCCCGGGUCAAGGGUUGCCUGUUGGCGACCAGUCCAGCUGGUUCACCGAUGCGGACAAGUGGAGGUUCGACGAGCGGCCGUCCCCGAACGCCACCAGCAACUAUAUCUUCGACACCCUCGCCUCCGCCCUGCAACACUGGCCCAACACUCGCUACAGAAACGGGCACGCCGUCAUCCCCGCCUACGUGCCCACCGGCACCCUCCUCUACCACGGCUCCUUCACCGGCGCAGUCCCCACCACGCCCGAAUGGACCACGCCCGACCCCGAGCACGCCUACAUGUUCUGCCGCGGCGGCAGCGACGUCGGCUGCUGGCAGCUCACCCUCGCGGCCGCGCGCCCGCUCCGCGUGCUGUACUUUGACGGGAGCAGCGCGGCGAAGAUGGAGUUUGGCUCGAUGCACACGCAGGACAUUGUCGCGUGGCGGAAGCUGCACCCGGAGCGGAUGAUGGACGAGUACGGGCGCAUAAACGACCUAUGCAAGUGGGGAGAGCAGUAUGGGCUUGAUGGCUUUGUCAGAAUGGAACCAGAUUUCGAGGUCAUGCUUUGCAAUUUCACCUCUGGUGUUGAGGUCGUGUCCUGGCUCAAUCUCUUCCCCGCAGCCACGACCCCCAUUCCGCCUCCUCCACAACCAGACGACCUCCAGGCGCCCUCUCAGCUCGACCCUCCCACCGCCAAGUCCAUGUUAAGCCCGCUCUACUCCCUCGCAUUCGAGUCGACCCAAGCAGGCUCAUGGCGCAACCGCUACCCGGGCGACCUGCGAUUCAUCCUGCACACCCACCGCCUCCUCACAUUCUACGACACCUCCCUCGCGCCAUCCCUCGUCCCCGCACGCGCGGGGCUGGACCGAUGGGACCACGCGCUCUUCAACCUAUCUGACGCGGACAUAACCGCGUUCACGCAGCGGCUCGACGAGGAACUGCGCGCGUCGCAGCAUGAGUACGAGGAGAGGGGCACGGACGUCGCACCCAGCGGCGUACAGUGGCAAACGCUCGCCCGGACCCUGAUCGAUCGGCACGCGGAGCGGCUCGAGCUCGCACGCGGGCUGCUCGAGCGGGGCGCGGAUGCACACGCGUACGGGAACGUGCUCCGACAGGCGCGCAGGGCGCACGUGCAGCUCCGCACGAUGAUCAUGCCGUACGUGCUGUACACCGCCGUGCCUCCCGCCGCCAGCGACAGCUCAUCCGGCUCGCCAGCUCCGCCACACGCGUGGGCUGCGCCCAUCUUCCGCGAAUGCGCCACGGCACACACCGCCGCGCUCUUCCGCCCGACCAUGCACGCGCGCCUCACGCGCAGCGAGCAGACGCUGCUGCGCGCCGUGCGCGAGACGUCGCGCGAGAUAUGCCGCGUCGUCGUCGGAGUGUGGGCGGACGGCGUGGAACUCGGCAUCGGCGAGCGCCAGGUCCGCGAUCCGAUCAUGAACUUCCCGAACCCGCCCGACCCGGAGCAGGACGUGCCUCCGCCCGACGUGCGCAUGAGCGAGAGCGAACUGCGCGAUAUGGUCGGGCGGUGGCACGCCGAGAUCAAUGGUUUGAUGGCGUGGUUGGAUUGGAGCGAAUGGGUGCGGUGUGAGCCUGCGUGCGGAUUCGAGGAACUGUGUUACCUCCCCACGUGGCCAUGGGACAUGAUCAGGAUUCCCGGUGCACCGCACAAGCCCAUGCCAAAGGACGAGGAGGGCAGGCCGCAGUGGAUGCGGCCUCAGCCGAGGUGUAUUCGGAGGGUCGAGCCUUACGAUCUAUUGGAGUAG